CGAUCCUGCCUGAUCACACAUGCAUGAGGGAGCGACACAAGAGCUCGGACGGAGCUGUGCAUGCGAGCGGCCGAUAUGAGUUGCUACCGACCGCGGUUGAUCCGGCUGAGAGGCCAGCAGAACGCUCAGAAGUCGAGUUGCUCAGCAGGCGACCGUGGCUCAAAACGCUGGCGCUGCUGCUGCUCACAAUCUGCGCACUGAUCGGUCUACUCGCAACACUAGGCAGAGUGACCCAUAGUGGCACGAGCAACGGAGGAGAGAGACUCGAAGUCGUGUCAGCUUUGCCGAACCAGAGUUCUGGGGAACUGCCUGAUGGCACGCUGCGAGGCUCUCUCGAUGCCGCUCUGCCACUGUGUCAGCGCACGCUACUCUAUUCCUUUGCAGGACUGCAUGGCUUUGCGAGCGAGUACAUGUCAUUCCUGCGAGUGGCCGUACUGGCUCAACGCUUCAACUACACCCUCUUGGUCGAUGAUCAUGCGUGGAACUACGGCAAGAUGUCAGACUACUUUGAUCUGCCUGCUCUCGAUUGCAGACUCCCUCGACGGUGGGAAAGCAUCAAACGGCCACGGAUGAGCUACAACAACGCGACGAACGAUCUUACUAUGCCCUCUUGGCUUGUGCAUAAUCAUGUAAGAUACAAGCGAGAUUUUCGCUAUCUCGAUCAGCUCUUUCUUGCAAAUUACGUCGAGCCGGCCGACCUGGCAUCGCUGCACGAACGCGAUGUGCUCGAAUUUCCUAGACCGGCGCCUCUGUCCGCUCAAGCAACGAUCGAGCCUGCAUUCGUGAACGCGUUGGAUGAGCUCGGUCGUGUUGCGCACAUCUACUGGCAACCGAACGUUGCUGUCCGAGCGAAGAUGGCAGCACUUGAGAGACGAGAGUUUUGGCAGAGCAAGCGCGUGCUGGGCGCGCACAUCAGACUAGGCGACAAGUCCAAAGAGUCCGCUGGCAUAUCGCCGCUUCACCUCUUCUCGAAACACUCAGCAUCGUAUAAAGCGAUAGCACAGCGCAUUGCACUACGACCAAAACCAGAAGCAAAGCUAACCGCGCAGGUCGCGGCAAUCUACCUUGAAGCGGCUUCAGACAUUCUAGAUUCCCUUCGUCAGCCUGCUAGGUAUCUCAGACGGCUGCAAAGGCGGCAGGAAACGAGCACGACGCUGCUCAUCAUGAGCGAUGCAGCGACGGCUGUCGACGAUUUGCGCAGCUUCUCGACCCAUCCGGAGCUGAACGUCCAAUCCACGCAAGGAAGCCCAGACGAGAGCACACAGCAAGAAAAGCCGCGCAGCUGGAUCCGCGUAGCGAUCGAUCGCCUACUUCGAAGGGCACAAGGCUUUCACGAGAGCGCCUGGAAUCGGCUUCCAGAGGACGAGCGGGUUGCGAGAACGAGCGAGAUGAUCAGCGACAUCACGGUCAUCACGAGACGAUGCAAUGGCUUUGUCGCAGCAGGCUCGUCCAAUGUCGCCCGACUUAUGACCGUGCUCGCGAUCGACAAGGCAAAACUUGGUUUAGUGCGCAGUAUUGACGUCCGUAUUUUCCCUACUGCCAUCUAUCAAUGACAACGAGGUAGGUGUGACAUGUUGUACAUUGCACUGCAGACACGCAUACGAUCCUCUUCUCAUCAUAGCUUUCGUCUAUCCGGUAUCGGCGAUCUCGUGUCUGCUUGUGCCUCUUUCAUCUCCGGUGGGCCCGUCAGCUUGCCCUCUAGCUUCUCCGCCUUCCACGUUCCAUCGGUGUCGUGCGCAUAUUGAUGUAGUAUAGGCUUGUAGACGUAGUACCCCACAGCGACGCCUAUAUGUCGCUUGUCAGAAAGAGCCGAAAGCAGGCAUUUGUCUAGACUCGCCCGUGAAGAUCGUCAGGGCUGGUACCACAAUCUUGCCGCCUAGCGGUCCAGUCAUUGGAGCAGUCUACAAGCUCAACGACACUGUCGGAGAUCGAGCGAAGUGCCAACAAAGGAGACAAAGAU